UCUGGCAGCAACUGGCAUCUGGUUCUCUUCCUUUCAAUCCUUUCCCUCCUGAGUGGAAAGCGGAAUAAGCUUCUUCUACAUGGUCCUUAAGCUAUUUCAUAACAAAACUGCACAAAAAAAAUGACCUUUUUAAGCUCAUAAAAUUCAAGCCCGAGCUGCAUCGUGACUCCGUGCAACGUUGGAGAACUCCCAUCUUCGAAGUUCGCCACCACCUUUCUCCGCCCUCCCAUCCCAUCACGACUAGAAUGAGCUUUGAGGGGAGCGGAAAGAAGACUGUAUCAGUCGGGCCAUGGGGCAGUGAAGAUGGGUUCCGCUGGGACGAUGGAGUCUAUUCGACAGUGAGGCAGCUGGUGAUAGCUCACGGAGCCGGCAUUGACUCUAUCCAGAUCGAGUACAACUUGAAAGGGAACUCAAUUUGGACGGAAAAGCACGGUGGUAACGGAGGUUGCAAAGUGGACAAGGUCAAGCUUGAUUGCCCGGAUGAGUUUCUAACCUCUGUUCAUGGACACUAUGGGAAAAUCAAUGAAUGGGGACCGGUUCUUGUUCGGUCGCUCACCUUUGAGAGCAAUCGGAAGACUUACGGACCAUACGGAGUCGAACAAGGGACCUAUUUCUCUUUCCCAGCAAUCGUCGGCAAGAUUGUUGGGUUUCACGGCAAAUCCGGCUGGUACCUGGAUGCAAUUGGGGUUUAUCUGAAGCCGUAUCGGAAAGAAAAGGCAUCUGGAGCUCUGAUUCAGGCUCAAAACGGGGUUGGUACUGGAAGCAACAGGGUUGGCUACUCAAUCGUACAAGGGAGCAUCGGGCAGAAUUUUGACAUAGUGCUUGCCGUGAGGCAGAAGGAAGUCCAAGGCAAAGUUCUCGAGACAAAUUCUAGUUCCGACGAGUCCAGGGACGAAGAAGCCAAAGAGAAGAUGCCCAAGGCAGAAAAGGUGCCCCGGACGGUUGAAGGGCAAUUGACGGUCGGACCAUGGGGGGGUUCCGGAGGGUCUGCAUAUGAUGAUGGGAUCUACACCGGCAUCAGACAGAUCAAUCUAUCUCGGAAUGUCGCAAUUGUAUCGAUGAAGGUGCUAUAUGAUUGGAACGGGGAGGCAAUAUGGGGAAGCAAGCGUGGGGGAACUGGAGGAUUCAGGAGCGAUAAGAUAGUAUUCGACUACCCGGACGAAGUUUUAACGCGCAUAACAGGCACCUGCGGGCCUCUAAUGUAUAUGGGACCAAUUAUCAUCAGAUCUAUUACCUUCCAUACCAACAGAGGAAAGCACGGACCUUUCGGAGAAGAGCAGGGACCUUCUUUUACCUCAAAGUCAAAAGAAGGGAAGAUCGUAGGCUUUCAUGGUAGAAGCGGGCUGUUUAUAGAUGCUAUUGGCAUCCAUAUGAUAGAAGGGAAAGUACCGUCGGCCAUUCUUCCUCCAGCAAACAAGAAUAACAAGACUGAAGCAGAUCUGGCUGAUGUGGAGUAUCCUCCAUGGUCAAAUAAAUUGGUCCUUGCAAAGCAAGGGUCGGCAGAAGAGGUUGCUUGCGGAGUUGUCAAAGAGCCAGCUCCAUGUGGACCAGGCCCCUGGGGAGGGGAAUUCGGGCGACUGUGGGAUGAUGGUGUUUUUUCUGGGAUCAGACAGAUAAUUCUGACCAGAAACGAAGCUACCUGCUCCAUACAGAUAGAGUAUGAUAGAAAUGGACAAUCUGUCUGGUCAGUCAAACAUGGAGGCAACGGAGGAAUCACCACGCAUCGGAUCAAGCUGGACUAUCCAAAUGAAGUCCUAAUAUGCAUCUCUGGCUAUUAUGGCCCCAUCAGCAAAGAUGAGUGGCCUCAGCAUCAGUUCAUAAGGUCGCUCACAUUCCACACGAGCCGAGGGAAAUAUGGUCCAUUUGGAGAAGAAGUGGGGACCUUUUUCACUUCAACCACGACUGAAGGAAAGGUCGUGGGAUUUCAUGGGAGAAGCAGCCUGUACUUGGACGCCAUUGGGGUCCACAUGCAGCACUGGCUAGGACACAACAGGCCGGUGAAGUCCUCCCUCAUGAGAAUGUUCUACUGAUCCACCGUAUCAAAUCCAGAGAUUAUUAUGUAUUGACUCUUUAUAAUCUAUAUCACCGGUUGAACAAAAAAACACGUUCGAAUAUCAUCGUCUUGCUAUGGGGAAUGACAUCACGUAAGUUUUCUGGAAGUUAGGCUUCUAAAUGUAAAAACAUGAAGGAUCUUGAAAGCAAUGUAACCGCGUUAUUACAUGCAGUUUUGAGACAAUGAAGGAAGAUGAAAAGAUUGAAGUAUAAUCUGAGGCCUCCUAUCAAUUUAA